UCCUGAUCAUCCGACCGACUACAAGCCAUCAUCUCACAUCAUGUCAGAAGCAGCCUCGCCGCCCUCGUCCUCGGCUCUCGCCAAUCGAAAUGUAGGAGGUGUCCGUCGCCGAGCCCAGGCCCCAAAGGAUGUCUCUGCCAACCGGCCAAACUCGACUAGGGCUGCUGGAGCCGGAGGAAGCAGUAAUACUAUGCUUAGGAUCUACACGGACGACAACAAGGGACUGAGCGUCGACCCGGUGGUGGUACUCGUGCUGGCCAUUUCCUUUGUCUUCUCAGUGGUGAUGCUGCAUAUCAUUGGCAAGUUGGCGAGGUGGUUCUACAAGUAGAUAUAGUGCGUUUGCAUGAGAGGAGCCCCUGCCUUGGGCUAAUGGGCGGGAAGCGCAGCUACCAGC